AUGGGGGGCUCUCCGUCUUUCCAACAGCUUAUGGCUAUGGCCGCAUCAAAUGCCACUCAAAUCACGUCUCGCGUUGACGAGUUGAAAAAAGCCCAGGUGAAGGAAAAAGCAAAGGAGCUAAUGCGUGAACGCGAGCAGCUACGUCUGCAGCAGGAGGAGCGGCGUCGAAUGAUAGAACAGGCCCGUAAACGGGAAAGUCAAAAGAAGGAAGAAGCGAAAAAUAAGUCGUCUCGAACAAGAAAAGAACGACCUCCUCUCAGUGCCGAAGAAGCACGCAUAAUGCGUGAAAAGAAGGACAAGGAGCGUCUUGAAAUGAAACGUCGUGCGAAAACACUGAGUUACCAAGAGCUCAUUCGUCAAGCACCAAAGGAGCUUCCAAAAACCGUACCGGUUAAACAGAAUCCACCAGCCUCGGCUAAACACAAUAAUGCUUCGCGGGAGACACACUCCAAGAACUAUUCCUUGGAGUGGCUUCGAGAAGCACCGGCUAGCAAUGGACGAUCUUCCACUGUUCGCUCCAGUAGCUCUAAAAUGAACGGUUUGACAAGCAGGCGAACUACUACGACUGCUAUCUCGGGAACCGGUUCUCGCUCUUCAAUUCCUAACGACCUUGUUCGGUUACAAACGGGUCCCAAACGUGAUAAACGCACUGCCGCCGAAAUUCAAGACGAGAUUGCUCGGAAGAAAUUUGGAGCGAGUUCAUCAUCUGGAAGAGCAUCGGCUAUGCGUAACACACCAUCAGGGUCUUCAGCUCGUAACAGUACCGUACCUAGAAAACCGCUUCCAAGACGAAAACCGAGAGUCGAAGAUGAUGACAUUGAUGGAUUCAUUGAGCCAGACAGCGAUUCCGAAAUCAAGCCUGACAUAUCCUCCGAGAUCUGGAAAAUCUUUGGCAAACGGAAGACUGAUUAUGUUGGACGCGAUAUGUACAGUGAUGAUGAUGAUGUUAUGGAAGCUUCAGGACAUGACGUUUGGCGUGAGGAACAGGCAGCUGCUCGACAAGCACGGCUUGAAGAUGAACGCGAAGCACGUCUUGAGCGAGACCGAGAAAUGAUGAAGAAAAAGCGGAAAAAAAUUACGUCCUAG